AAGAUUUGGGAGGAUGUUUAAAAUGGAGUGAAGAGAGAAGAGCAUAGAAGAGAAGGGGAAUGAGAUGACGGUUGCAGCGGGAGUUGGGUAUGCCUUGAUAGCGUUGGGACCUUCUCUUUCUCUCUUCCUCUCCGUUAUCUCCAAAAAGCCUUUUCUCAUUCUCACCAUCCUCUCAAGUACCCUGUUAUGGCUGAUAAGCCUGAUCAUAUUGUCUGGACUAUGGAGGGCAUUUCUUCCUAUGAAGUCGGAUACAUGGUGGCUUUAUGGAGUCCUUUUAUUCACCGCGGUUGCGUUUCAGGAGGGCCUGCGGAUUCUCUUCUGGAAAGUCUACAAGAGGCUGGAAGAUAUUUUGGAUACUUUUGCUGAUAGAGUCUCAAAACCACGCCUAUUUCUGACAGACAAGAUGCAAAUUGCUCUGGCUGGUGGUAUGGGCCAUGGCUUAGCCCAUGCUGUUUUUUUCUGUCUCAGCCUCUUAACACCAGCAUUUGGACCAGCAACAUAUUUUGUUGAUAACUGCUCCAAGAUACCCUUUUUCCUUGUUUCUGCAAUCAUUGCUCUUGCAUUUGUUACCAUUCACACUUUCUCAAUGGUCAUAGCAUUUAAUGGAUAUGCGGAAAGGAACAAAGUGGACCAGUUUUUUGUUCCUCUAGUCCAUCUUGUUGCAGCUAUGGGGACACUUGUUAAUUUCGCAUCAGGAGGCUGCAUUAUCGCUAUUCCUCUACUUUACUUUGUCACAAUCUUGACACUCCUAUAUUGUGGGAAGAUGGUGUGGAGAAGGUUGACGGAAGACCAAAGUAGACAGAGUAAUUAAUUCCUUGUAGCCUGUCAAUUUUGUGAAAUCUCUCCUUUUAAAUUUCCAUUGUGUAGUUCUGUUUUUGUGUGUGCUAAAUGAGGAGGUUAGCUCAAAUACAACAAAAACGAAUUCAAGAAGAUAGAGAAAUGUUUUGUUCAUGCUUUAGGUUCACUAUCUUAAAUGUAACAAAGUUGAAACUAUUCUGGUACUAGCUUAGUGAUACAUUAUUGGACCUUGAGUUCACCUGCUCA